CCCGCUCUGCCCGUUAGCCGCUAUGUGCAGGGAAUAACGUUGCCGCGGUUGCCGGAGGGACACUGAACGAAGCGCCCCGCCCCGUCCCGCGGGGCCGCCGGCUCAGCGAGCGCCCGGCAUCGCUGCUACCAGCGGCGGUGCGGCCCCGCGGCGCGGAGAGCCUCCUCGGAGGGGAUGACGUAGCUUUGCCAAGGAUUUAUCAGCUAAGCAGAAAAUGAGCUUAACAUCCUGGUUUUUGGUGAGCAGUGGAGGCACCCGCCAUCGGCUGCCACGAGAAAUGAUUUUUGUUGGAAGAGAUGACUGUGAGCUGAUGUUACAGUCACGAAGUGUGGACAAGCAACAUGCUGUACUUAACUAUGAUCCUUCUACAGAUGAACACUUGGUAAAGGAUUUAGGUAGCUUGAAUGGGACAUUUGUGAAUGAUGUGAGGAUUCCAGAACAGACAUACAUCACUCUGAAAUUAGAAGAUAAACUGAGAUUUGGAUAUGAUACUAAUCUUUUUACUGUUGUCAGAGGAGAGAUGAGAGUCCCUGAAGAAGCUCUUAAGCAUGAAAAAUUUACAAGCCAACUCCAGUUAUCCCAGAAAUCUUCAGAGGCAGAAGGGUCUAAGCAAACCAGCUCCAAAAGUGCGGAGUCCAAAGUAACAGACUCCACGGCUGAAGUGCACCACAAGACAACUGAAGCACUGAAAUCUGAAGAGAAAUCCAUAGAUCUUUCUACCAUGCCUCGUGGUACACCUUUGUAUGGACAGCCAGCCUGGUGGGGUGAUGAUGAAGCUGAUGAAAAAGGUGGUUGUAAACCAGAUAGCAAGCGUGAAGAAAAAAUGCAUGAGACGGGGGCUUCAGGAUGCAGCACAGAUGCCAAGCAAGCUGAGGAGCAAUCUGCAGCUGCAAGUGAAGAACUUUAUCCUUUCUGUAGGGAGCCAAGUUAUUUUGAAAUUCCUACAAAAGAAUUCCAGCAAACUUCACAGGUAGCAGAGAGCGCUAUUCAUGAAAUUCCAACAAAAGACACCCAAAGUUCCCAUGCAGCAAGUGCGGGACAUGCUUCUUUUACCAUUGAGUUUGAUGACAACACACCAGGGAAAGUAACAAUCAAAGAUCACGUGACAAAAUUCACAUCUGAGCAGCGCCACAAGUCAAAGAAGCCUUCUUCCUCCAGUGGUCAGGACCUGCCUGGGCUUCAGACUGUGAUGAUGGCCGCAGAGAGCAAAGUAGCAGAUUGGCUAGCACAGAACAAUCCUCCUAGAAUGAUAUGGGAACCAACAGAGGAGGAUUCCAAAAGUAUUAAGAGUGACGUUCCAGUCUACUUGAAGAGACUGAAAGGGAAUAAGCAUGAUGAUGGUACACAGAGUGAUUCAGAAAAUGCUGGUGCCCACCGGCAUUACAGUAAGCGGGCAGCACUUGAAGAGCACUUGAGACACCACCAUGCAGAGCUGAAGAAGUCGCACCAGAAAGUCCAUUCCACAGAAAAACAGCAAGAGCAAGCUGGUGUGAAUCAGACUGCUUUUAUGAUUGAGUUUUUUGAUGAGGACCAUCCUCGAAAGAGACGUUCUUACUCUUUUUCUCAGAAUGUGGGAGCUCUGUGCUCAGAAUCUCCAUCUCCAGCACCUCAUGUGCGAUCUGAAAGAGCAAAACCUACAUCAGGAGAGAAAGCAGUCCCUUCAUGUGUGCAAGGUAGUUCAUCACAUCACAGAGCAGCACACAGUGUUCACGCAAAACUUUUAAAACAAAAAUCAGAAGAUCCUUCUGCUGCUUUACCUGUCUUACAAGCUGCAUUGUUAAGGAGUUCAGGAAGCCUUGGCCAUAGGCCUAGUCAGAACCAGGAGAUGGACAAAAAGUUGAAAAGCCAGCAUAUUUCUUCUGCUACUGAGAGGGACAAUGAGGAUGAUCAGAGUGACAAAGGUACUUACACUAUUGAGUUGGAAAAUCCCAAUUCUGAAGAAAUGGAAGCUCGUAAAAUGAUUGACAAGGUAUUUGGAGUGGAUGACAGCCAGGAUUAUAAUAGGCCUGUUAUCAACGAGAACCAGAAAGAUUUAGUAAAAGAUUGGGCUAUAAAUUCUACUACAGUAGUGCUGGAAGAAAAAAGACCACUGAGUACAACUGGAUUUCUUGACACAGAGGAAAGUUCUGCUGCCCCUGGAAGUAAACGUUGGGUGUCACAGUGGGCUAGUUUGGCUGCCAAUCACACACGUCAUGACCAAGAUGAUAUCAGACUGGAGUCACCUGUUCCCGCUCCACUAGAGAAUGACACAGAUAUCAGUGAGUCUGGUAUUUCCAUCAGAAGCACUGGUUCAGCUACUUCUGUGACUAGCCAAGGUGAGCGAAAGAGAAGGACGCUUCCACAGCUUCCCAAGGAGGAGAAAAUGAGUGAAAGCUCCAGAACAAAAACUGCAUCUCAUCAGAGAUCAGAAAUAGGUGAAAAGCAGGACACUGAACUCCAGGAGAAAGAAACUCCAGCUCGUGCUUCAGAUACUGACAGCAGAAGUAUAGCUAAGUCAAACAGAGCAGUGAAUGGUCUUUCACCCAAAGCAACAGGAGAAAAGGUUUUUUCUUUUCCUAGUCCUUCCGGUAAAGAGAGAGCUGAAACUGGCAGAGAAAAUUCUGUGGUGAAACAAGCUUUAGCAAAAAUUCAACAAGAACGAAAGGAGCAAGGACAUUGGACACCCACAAAAUCUGCUACAAACCUACUUGAGAAAGAUAAGGAGGAGAUUGCUGUGUCACGCAAAACUUUGGAUAAUCAGGACAAAGCUCCUGGACAUGUUACUGAUAAAACAGAAAAGAAGUUAGCACAGAGUGAGGGAAAAAGAAGAAAAAAUGAGGAAAGUAUUAAAGGACAAAGUCCUAAAGCAUCAGGAGAAAAAAAGGAAUCUUCAAAACCAUUAGUGAGGCAAGGCAGUUUUACUAUAGAUAAGCCUAGCACAAAUAUACCCAUAGAACUUAUUCCUCACAUUAAUAAGCAAAGUGGAUCUGCUGCCCCCUUAGCAUCUGCAAACAGAAUACGUGACAGAAGUGAUUCAAUGGAUACUGAUUCCAGUCUAGAUACAACACUCAUUUUAAAAGACACUGAAGCUGUCAUGGCUUUCCUUGAAGCUAAACUGCGUGAAGAAAAUAAAACUGAUGAGGGUCCUGAGACUCCUAGCUAUAACAGAGAUAAUUCCAUAUCACCAGAAUCAGAUGUAGAUACAGCCAGCACAAUCAGUCUCGUUACUGGUGACAGUGAAAGGAAAUCCACACAGAAACGAAAGAGCUUUACGACCUUAUAUAAAGAUAGAUGUUCCUCUGGUUCCCCUUCUAAGGAUGUUGUAAAAUCUUCUGCAACAAGUGCCAGGGAGAAGAUGGAAAAGAAAACAAAAAGUCGAUCUUCGGAUGGUGGAUCUAGAGCUGAUGCUCGCAAAUCUGUGCAGUCCAGUGGAAGAAUGAGACAACCAUCAGUAGACUUGACAGAUGACGACCAAACAUCUAGUGUACCUCAUUCCGCCAUUUCCGAUAUCUUAUCAUCUGACCAGGAAACCUACUCUGGCAAAUCACAUGGAAGAGUCCCUUUUGCCUCAGCAGAUGAACUUUUGCAUUCUAAAAUGGAAGGAAAGUCAGCUAAAUCAAAAAGCUCUCCUGUCGUACUUGGACAAUCUAGUAAAUCGACCACUCUUCCAAGACCUCGUCCUACAAGGACUUCUCUCCUGCGCAGAGCACGACUUGGUGAAGCCUCAGAUAGCGAGCUUGCUGAUGCCGAUAAAGCUUCAGUGGCUUCUGAAGUGUCCACUACAAGUUCUACAUCAAAACCUCCCUCAGGGAGGAGGAGUAUUUCCAGAAUAGACUUACUUGCUCAACCUCGCAGAACUCGACUUGGUUCUUUAUCAGCACGUAGUGAUUCUGAAGCGACAAUAACUAGAAGCACUGCUUCAUCUCGUACUCCAGAAGCUAUUAUCAGAAGUGCAAGGUUGACAUCAGCAGGAGAUAGUAGUAAAGUUUCUGCUAGAACUCGAGCCAAUAGCAUUUCUCGACUUUCUGAUUCAAAAUCCAAAUCUUUGGCUUCAGCUCAUAAUUCUCCCUCAGAGAAACCCAAGCUUCUCCCAGACCCAGAUCCUGAUGUUGAAACUUACAGUGUAAGUGCAAGAUGGAGGCGCUUUCCUACAGAUUAUGCUUCCACCUCAGAAGAUGAAUUUGGAUCAAACCGUAAUUCCCCUAAACAUACCCGUCUACGUACCUCUCCAGCCCUGAAAACCACGCGACUGCAGAGCACGGGGACAGCAAUUCAAAGUAGCAAUGCUUUCAAGCACAGAAUAAAAGAACAGGAAGAUUACAUACGUGAUUGGACUGCUCAUCGAGAAGAAAUAGCAAGGAUCAGUCAAGAUCUGGCUCUCAUCGCACGGGAAAUCAACGAUGUAGCAGGAGAAAUAGAUUCAGUGACUUCAUCAGGCACUGCCCCCAGUACCACAGUAAGCACUGCUGCCACCACCCCUGGCUCUGCCAUAGACACUAGAGAAGAGGUAGGAGAUCUUCAUGGAGAAAUGCAUAAGUUGGUUGACCGAGUAUUUGACGAAAGUCUCAACUUUAGAAAAAUCCCUCCACUGGUGCAUGCCAAACCACCAGAGGGGAACGGUCGGCCUAAUGAUGCUAGACCUCAGCUACCAGAUGCCACGGAUCCCCCAACAAUUACCCGAAGAAGGACUUGGAGCAGAGAUGAAGUUAUGGGGGAUAGUUUGCUGUUGUCCUCAGUCUUCCAGUUUUCUCGCAAGAUAAGACAAUCCAUAGACAAAACAGCUGGCAAAAUCAGCUGCAUCACCGGAACAAGAAUCUUUCUUACUGACUGACUUUUUUAUGAACAGAUAUGAUGAGAAUCAAUCAGGAUUUGUCAAGCUAACAGUUGUGUACAAUUACAGAGGAUUUGACCCUGAAAGGAGAUGAGAAAGUUUUAAAGAUGCCAGAGCGCCUGACUGUGUUGUAAAAGUCCUCCCUCAAGUUUCUCUGUUCACCGAUGUAAGCUUCUCUCACAAGCAUGGAGACAGUAUGGGGCAGUUACAGCAAUUACAAAUUCCACCAUAUAUACUGAAAAAUGACAUCCCUUCUGUCUGAGUCCAAUUGGACAAAUAAAUGUUUCCUGCAAAUGUGAAUGAUUCUUUCUGUAACAUUUUAGUUGCAGUGGCUAGUUUUACUGAAAAUAGCAGUUUCACUUUGGCUGAAAUAUUAAGAACAUACGUAUUUUCAGUCAUUCUUGACAAGAAGAUGUAUCAGAAAUUAUAAUGAGCAGAAGUCAGUCAUGACUGCAUCUGAAAUGCAUCUGAGGAAAAGAAGAGAAAAUAUAUAUCUUUUUGCUUGACUAAUUUCUUCCUCAUUUCACUGGAGCUGCCAUUUCCGUUUUCCAGUUUGUAUGUAAUGUUCUGACUUCUACUGAGUUCUGUCAGCACAAGGGCACCCAUUGCACACUCACAGCUGUGGGCGCCAUGGCGGCUGAGGGGAGAGGCAUCAGCCUGCCACCAGCCUGCCUGGCCUGGGGCUCACGGCAUCACCUGCUGCCCAGAGCUCUACAGCAGGUUUCUGAGCACUAAGUUUACAGUCCUAGGACACACGUAGGUGGUCUGAGAGCCGAGUGACCUCUCAGGCAGCACCGCAUACCAGCCCAGCUCUGUGUGAGAAGUGCCCUUCGACUGACGGAAAACUGUGACAAAAGGGGAACACAGCUUGUCGGUGUUCUGGUGGGCUGCCUUAGGCAAAAGGAAGAUGAGAAAAAGGAGUCAGGGGAUGACUGCUCUUUCAAAGCUAAUUCUGUGAACCUGCACUCAAUUUCUGUGAGCCUGCCUCUGCAGUAAGGAGAUAAGAUUAGAAAGUGAGGCUUUGGAAGAGGCUUGUUCUUCGUCACAGGGAGUGAGGGCAACAUUCUUCACAUGGUGAGUUUGUGAGAACACUGCUGGUCCUGUGUGGAGCCAGCAGAGUCCAUGCUGAUAGUCUCUGAUUCUCUGAUCAUUCCUACCUUAUAUUAAGAUGCAGGAUUGAGAGAAGCUUUCAAAGCUGUAUUCCUUGGCUAAAUUCUCUCAGAACUGGUGAAGCUGUUUUUAUUUUUUUUCCAGGUCCUAGUAUAGAGUUCAACUUGAAACAGAUUCACGUGCCCAAUUCUUUCCUUUCAUGAAACCCCCUCUAUAGAUCUGUUUUUCUUCAGGAUAAGGUCAUAGCUUGGCUGUGGCUAAGCUCCUUUUUGUAAUUUACUUUUAUUCAUUGCUGUGUUUAAUCAGUUUUGUUUUUACCCACUAGUAUACACAAAAUGACAUUGUAAUGGAAAAUUCUGUGGCAUUCUUGCCAUGUAUCUUACAUCCAGUUCUUUGCUAAUGAAUUACUCCGGUGAUUUCUCAGGAAGCAGAUACAGGGUUUUUUUUGCUUUUCUAUCUUUAUAUAACAUUUAAAAGAGUUUGCAGGAAUUUUUGGAGACUAUGAAGUGAUGAGAUGUAAGUAUGCAUUUCAGUGAUGAGACGUUCAGAGUUUUAUCUGUGCUGUACAAUGCAAAUGCUGUAUUAUUGGAUUGCCUUACAGCAAGCAGGUAAGAACCUGUGCAGUGAAGCAAAAUCUAGGCAAGGCAGUCUGCUCAGUGCAAGCACCACUCAUCUGUCUCUGCAGUUGUCUGUGCAUCCUGCAAUACGCAGCAAAAGAAGAACAGGGACAGAGCACAACCAAAUAAGAAAGGUUAGGCAGAUUUGCCACAGAAAGUAAGACUGGGAAAGGCAAGAGCAGAAGCAGGCAGUCAUUUAUAAAAUACAUUCUCUUAAUAUAAAGAGUAUGGAUGAAAAGAGGAAGAGCCAAGGAGACAGAGAUGAUACUCAAUGAAGUUAACAUGUAUUAAAUGCAGAAUUGAAAAAAAAAAUGUUGAAAAAAUAAAAUAGGCUUCCUAAAAUUAUAUCAAAAACAAAUUGACCAGUCUACCUUAUAGUGGGAAUAAUAUUUAAAUAAAUUUUAAGGAUUUUUGCUAUUUUUUAAAUAAAAUAACUUCUGAAAUGUUAAAUUUUUAGAUUGUUAGAGAGGUAAUAUCAUCUCUAAAAGACAGGAAGGUUGAAAGCACCACAUUCAUAAAGGCAUUAAUCACAUAUAUGAAUAUGGAGUGUUUUAGUCUAAUGUGAACAAGGUAAAUGGGAAAGCAAGCAAUGUCACUAUAAUUUCUGUAUUUUUCUACAUAUGCUAUAUAAAGCCUCUGAGAUGCAAAGCAUCAUGAUUUUCCACCUUAAAAAGUUAUUUCCUCAGAGUCCUACCCAUAGCAAUAACAUCUUAAAAAUGUACUCAUGUUAUGGUUUUAAAAUGGUUUUCUUGUUUGCUUAGCAGUCUUAGUGCAGCUAUCUUUAUUGUUAUAAGCCUAAAAUAACAUUAAUGUUUGCUAGUUACAUUUCCUGCUGGAGUUAAUACCUAAUUACAGCAAUUAAAGAAGGAACAGAUUUAGAAUAUACACAAUAUACAUAAUAUUAUUAUGGCGUCACUUAAAAUAAGGAAAAUAGAAAAAAAAGGAAAAAAAGUACCCUGACCUUUAAUAUCCACAGAUUCCAUGUUUUCAAUAGUGUAAUUAUACACAAUUUAAAUGAUUUUUAUUAUACAGUGAUUUCACCAACAAUUAUUUGUCACAGCAGGGAAGCAAAGCAUAAACAAACAAGCAAAAAACUUUCUGGUAAUCUUAUAAUAGGCUUUGGAAUUUUACAUAUAAUAGAAAUGACUUCUCUAAACAUGUAAUACAGCAAUACUUGUAUUAUUAAGCCAUGCAUAUUCAAUUGGUCCAGUGGGAGUUUUCCAUCAUUUGAAAAAAUGAUAUCCUGUGGGAUGUAUUUUUAAUUUCCAAAAGUGUUUUAUUUGUCACCAAAUCAAUAAAAAAAUACAAAUAUUGAAGUUGAAUUUAUUUACGAGUGUUAACCUCUCGUGUAUGUUGCAGUUAUUGCAAAAUACAAAGUUAACAGGGAAUUCUGCUAUAAAAUAGUUGGAUUAAGAAGUAAAUAAAUCUCAGUGCUGAAGGAAAGAAUGAACAGUAACUUUUCAACACCAUAAGCAAAUAUUUAGCUACACAAUUGGCAUUUUAUUGUAAAUAUGAAUGAUAUUGCUGAACCUUUGUAUGCUGCCCUGAAAAUUCAAACUUGGGUUUCUGUCUGAUUUCACUAUUUCAGAUUUCAGUUUUAUUCAGUGCUCCCUACAUUGCUUUCUUGUAUCUUGUGUCUAAUCUUUAUGUUUUAGUUAGUUUACUUCUAAACAUCCUAUUCUUGUGUUU